AUGGCGGAGCAAGCGUUUGUCGGUGUGGGUCAGCGCCCGGGCCUUGUGGCGUGGCGCAUCGAGAAGCUCGUGCCGGUGCCCGUGAAGAAGGACCUGCACAAGCUCCACUCGGGCGACAGCUACAUCUUCCUCCAGACGCUCCAGAAGGGCUCGGCGCUCGCGUGGAACAUUCACUUUUGGCUCGGCAAGGACACGUCGCAGGACGAGAGCGGCGUCGCGGCCUACAAGACGGUCGAGCUCGACGAAGCGCUCGGCGGCGGCCCGAUCCAGUACCGCGAAUGCCAAGGCCACGAGAGCGACCUCUUCCUCUCGUACUUCAAGGCGACCGGCAUCGAGUACCUUGCCGGCGGCGUUGAGAGCGGCUUCAAGACCGUCGUGCGCGACCAGUACGACACCAAGCUCUUCCAGGUCAAGGGCAAGCGCACGGUGCGCGUCAACGAAGUGCCUGUCAAGGCCGCGUCGCUGACGACCGACGACGUCUACGUCCUCGACAUGGGCCUCCAGAUCUUUGUCUUCAACGGCCCGACGGCCAACCGCCAAGAGAAGGCCAAGGCGCUUGACUUUGUGCGCCAGCUCAACAAUAAUGAGCGCGGCGGCCGCGGCUCUAUCACGUUCCUCGACGACGAGCCCAAGAACGCGACGUUCUGGAAGACGCUUGGCGGCUUUAUCAACGUCACGAAGGAAGGCCCGAGCGACGAGGCGGCCGAGAAGGCGCAGCGCAACGCGAUCAAGCUCAUUCAGCUCAGCGAUGCGUCGUCCAACUUGAAGACGACCGAUGUGACGCCGGCCGACGGCAUCCUCACCAAGGCGCUCUUGAGCUCGGACGAUGUCUUUAUUGUCGACGGCGGCAACGCGCUCCACGUCUGGAUCGGGAAGGGCGCGUCGGCGGACGAGCGCAAGAACGGCAUGAUCUACGCGACUAAGUACCUUGCGCAGACCAAGCGCGCGGCGCACACGCCCAUCUCGCGCGUCGCCGACGGUGCCGAAGGCGCCGCGUUCAAGACGCUCUUCCGCGCGUGGGACCCGCCGCGCACGAUCGCGUUUGGCGCGGUCGAGGCCAAGGCGCUUGUGUCGCCGGCCCACGCCGGCGUCAACGCGGCAAGCUUGUACGCGGUCUCGGCGACCGAAGACGACGACAUGUUUGCGGGUCAGAGUGGCUCGAGCGUCGUCAAGGUGUGGCGCAUUGAGGACAUGGAGAAGGUCGAGGUGGCGCCCGAGACAUACGGCCAGUUUUACGGCGGCGACAGCUACGUCGUGCUGCAGACGUUUACGCCAACGAACGGCAAGCCCGCGCACGUCAUCUACUACUGGCAGGGCCGCAUGUCGUCGCAGGACGAGAAGGCGGCGUCCGCGCUCUGGGCGCAGCGCCUCGACGACGAGAUGGGCGGGUCGCCCGUCCAGGUGCGCGUGACGCAGGGCAAGGAGCCCGCGCACUUCCGCCGCCUCUUCCUCGGCAAGCUCAUUGUGCACAGCGGUGGCAAGGCCUCGGGCUUCAAGAACCGCGACGACGAAGACUCGUACGACACGGACGGCGUCUCGCUCUACCACGUCAAGGGCUCGACGGAGCUCAACACGUUUGCGACGCAGGUCGAGGAGGUCGCAUCGAGCCUCAACUCGGGCGACUGCUACGUGCUCGUGACGCCGCGUGUCGUGUACGAGUGGCAAGGCCGCAGCUCCAACGCGGAGGAGCAGUCGGUCGCGAGCAGCAUUGCGUCCAUCCUGCGCCUCAACCGCAGCAUCUCGGUUGUGCCGGAAGGCAGCGAAGACGGUUCUUUCUGGGGCUUCCUCGGUGGCGAGGGCCCGUACCCGUCCGAGAAGGUCGGCAUCGAAGCGCAGCACGAGCCGCGCCUCUUCCACUGCACCAACAUGACGGGCUUCUUUGACGCGACCGAGGUCGUCGCGUUCGCGCAGGACGACCUCAACAUUGACGACGUCUUCCUCCUCGACGUGUACACGGCGCUCUUCCUCUGGAUCGGCGACGGCGCCAACGAGGCCGAGAAGCGCGGCGCGGCCAAGAUGGCGCAGGACUACCUCGGCGCGGCCAAGAGCGACGGCCGCGGCGACGACACGCCCAUCAUCACGGUCGCGUCCGGGAAGGAGCCCGCGAUCUUUACGUGCCACUUUGCCGGCUGGGACGCGAGCUUCUUUGAGCAGCCUGCGUUCGUCGACCCGUAUGAGGCCAAGCUCCAGAAGAUGCGUGCGGAGAAGGCCAAGGCCGAGGGUACGCACGAAGCCGCGCCGGCUAUCGGCAAGGUCGUGCCGCCGGCCGCGCCGAUGAUCGUGGCCGCGCCGGGCCAGACGUUUUCGUACGAGCAGCUGCUUUCGGGCGUCGAGGGCAUCGACAUUGCGCUCAAGGAGAACUAUCUGAGCGCCGGGGACUUUGACAAGGUGUUUGGGAUGACGGUCGCCGAGUUCCACGCGAUGCCCAAGUGGAAGCAGCAGGCCAAGAAGAAGGACGUCAAGCUCUUCUAA